AUGGACUCAAAGCGUGUCAUCGUCACCUACUGCGAGGAGAGUGGCAACUGGGCCAACAUUGAAAAGGACUUGACCGCGAGGCUUCCACUCAGAAAUCUUGUAUGGAAGCCGAGCAACAACAGGGCCAAACGCAAUAUCGCCAUGCUGGAUGUCGAAUUGAAGCGCUUUACGCCCGAGGUCUCCAAGAACUUGCCUCCUGUCACCCUCCUCCAGAACCCUUAUCUCAACCUUUACUUUGUCAACUGUGAGGACAAUGAGACAUACAAGAACACAGUCAAACAACACAUUCGGGAGUGGAUCACACUGGUCACGUCGAAGAAGAACCAAGAGUGGCUCAUCGUACACAUCAGCAGCCAGGAAGGUGCAAGGGCUGCCAAGGUCGCGCAAGUCAGGAUGGCGGAUACUGAGAUGUCGGAAAUGGAACUCUGGGCUGAUUUCACCGACAAGCUGAAGGAGGGCAUUGUCACCAGCUUUGACCAGAACGUCAUGACCUUUGAGGAAGAUAUCCGACGAUUGGACUCGCAACGACAGAUGCCUGGCUGGAAUUACUGCACAUUCUUUAUCCUCAAGGAGGGACUCACCCACGCCUACGAGAUGAUGAACCUGCACGAGGAGGCAUUAAGACAGUAUGAUGAACUCGAGGCGUCAUUCUUUCAAAUUCUCAGAGAUAACGCGCUGACUUGGUACGGAAAGUUUGGAGGCAUGCAAGAAGGUGAUGACGAUGCGAACCUCCUGGAUCUCAACAAGAAGCCAUACAGGGACUUGAUUAUGCAGAACACGAUUUCUGUUUUCGACUUCAGGACCUAUCUGUUCGGUCGACAGUGCAACCUUUUGUUCCGUCUCAGGCGCCCUGUCGAAAUCUGCCACCGCGCGUUGAAAUUCAUCCCAUCCUUUGCAAAGACUGUCCGCGAGCAUGUCCUGAACUUAACGGACAACUUUCUGGAGUCAUGGAUCUAUUCAGCGUGCAUGUGUAUCGUGAACGAAUGCGACGAGACGGUACCUCUGAACACGGAUGACCCUCAUAUGAUGGUGAUGCUGGAUGGCGCCAAAGCCGAGCUGUUACAAAUGGCACGCCAGCAGCUUGAUAAAUUGGGAAUGCAGCAUGGACGACUUCCCAAGGAGCUGCCUUUCACCAUGUCAUUGGGCUAUGACAAUCUCGAGCCGCCUGCACAUGCGGAGGAAGUGGAGAGAAAGCCCAUGUCCAAGGAUUUGCUGGAUGCUGUAUCAACCGACGAGACUUUUGAUGCUCUUUACAUGAGUGUCUCGGCAAGGGCAAUCAAGGGAUAUGACGGAAGCGGGCGUCACCGCUCUUCUCUGCUCUUGCACGGCGAUGUCGCCGCUCUCCAGUUUUACAGGAAAAAGUACGCCGAGGCUGCAAGAAUCCUGGAAUCGAUCACCUGGCGCUACGGACACAACCGCUGGACAGUGCUGGAGAAUGAAUUGGUCAUCAAGCAUGCCAAGUGUUUGCGUGAGCUCGGCGACACCAUCAAGUACGCUCAGGCAUGUCUCACGUUGCUCAGGAACAUGGACGACCUGAAAGACGACGAGAAGCUCCUCUACUCCAACGAACUUUUCAGUACAGUGACCUCAAAAGAGUUAAAGCAGGAGAUCUACCAUGAGUUUGCGCCUAUGUUUACGGUCAAGGUUGUCUCAGUGGUGGAGAUUAUUCAGGAAGAUGACGGCUCGUACGUUGAAAUCAUGAUCGAGAACAAGCUGCCCAAGGACAUUGACUUCAACAAGCUGUCUCUUCGAAUGGUGAGCGGCGAGGUCGAUGAGCUUUGGUUCAACUUCCGCCAUGGUGUCUUGAAGCCUGGCAAGAACACUUUCCGGGUGACCUGUGAGACCUCGGCGUCAGGAACAUACGUCUUGGAGAAGGUCCAUCUGAAGACUGGAAAGCUGGUGUUCCUUUACGACUUUUUGCAGGAGAGCAGGAAACGCAUUUUUCGUGUGGAUUCUCACCCACUGGCAUUGAAGGCUGUCAUCAAACCGCCUCAGGAAAUGGAGCUCGGCCAGCCCAGCAGCUUUGUCAUUCACAUCUCGAGCGGCAGGAAUAAAGUGUCUGAAGCCACCCUCAGUCUGUUCCCUGCUUCUGAGGGUAUCUCAUUCCUCAAGGAGGUUCCGGCACUCACAUAUACCAAGGGGACCACUAAUGCUGCCGAAGGCUCAGAUAUGGCUGGCGAGCUCGCCUUUGAUACCCACGAAGCUAUUGCGCUUCCUGCCUUUGGACCCAACGAGACGAUUGCUGUAACGGUACCAUACGAAACCUUUGUCAACGCGAGCGAGCACUUGGUCAAGAUGGCUGUCCACUACCUGACUCCCAACUCGAGGCGACACACCUUUACCCUUACUUCAAGCAUCGAGACCAUUCUCCCACUUGAAGUUUCGCACUCUACUGUCUGGAGGGACGAUUGCCUCAACCUGAAGCUGAACAUGACCUGUUCAGGAUAUGUGCCAAUUCGCCUUCUCAACGUCGAUCUCCGCCACCCUGCAUGCGUCAAGAACUUUAAGCAACCCCCCUUCACAGGCGAAAUGACCUUGUUCCCUAGGCAACACGCUACGUUUGUCUUCAAGAUUGCACGUCCCGAGGUUGGAGACGGUAUCGAGCCUGAGGCACACUUUAUUGUAACAUACCAGUCUUUACGUAGUGAGGUGGAAAAGGCAUUGACAUCCGUCAUUGAAGCAGAUCUUUCAAAGGCACAGUUGGACCAACAUGCAACAUUUGUGACAUCCCAUCUCAAGAGCCACCUGUUGCGCGGAGUGGACUACAUGGCGUACGGAAUGUCAGACGAGCUGGAAUUGCCACCCUUGGACAUGCCAAUCUGCGAAGCGAUCUUUGCCUACCAUGAUCCCAAGGUUCGCGAGACCUUGAUCGACAUUCUCAAGGACCUUUUCUCGCACAACAAACAACUCGAUUACGAUCAAAUCAUGGAAUUGGGAUCGUUCAACCACCCACUUCAGGUGUCAUUCCCUAUCACGAUCCCAACUUCACAGACGCUGACGACAGUGGAGAUUGUGGUCGACAAUGCUCAGGAUCUGACGGUUGGCACCCCCGCGACAUUCCAUGUGCGGGUGAAGCACUCUGCAUACUGGAACGUGGAAAAGGACGAUGACAAAACUUGCGACUUUUAUUACGACAUUACGGUGGACUAUGAGAACUGGCUAUUGUGCGGGCAUAAAAAGCGGUUGUUCACAGCGAAGCCGGGAGUGAGUACGAGUCAUGCGGUGUCGCUGGUGCCUCUGAAGACGGGACCCUUGCAUGUGCCCAAGAUCUCUAUUAUCAGUGCAUCGGGAAGUGUACAUAACCAGACGGCGUAUAUUAAUGAAGCUGAGCAGGUUCUUGUCAAGCCCAGGACGACGACCUCGACGUUCUUCAUCGACCAGCAGCGUGGCGUGCACUUUUCCAACCCCAUGGUCGACCGCUGA